GGCCGUGUCAACCCUGCCCAGUGCGCAGGCGCGGGAAAGUUGAACUAAGAGAAGUUUAUGCAAGUUCAGUGAAGGAGGAGUGGGCGGCCGCUCCGGCCCCAGGUGCCCCCAUGGCAGGCUCGGAAGAGCUGGGCCUCCGGGAGGACACGGUGAGAGUCCUAGCUGCCUUCUUUAGGCGAGGUGAGGCUGCCGGGUCCCCCAUUUCAAUCCCACCCAGGAGUCCUGCCCAGGAGGAGCCAACAGAUUUCCUGAGCCGCCUUCGCCGAUGUCUUCCCUGCCCCCUGGGUCGAGGAGCAGUUCCCCCUGAAUCCCCUCGGCCUUGCUCCCUGCCCCUACGCCCAUGCUAUGUUUCAGAGCCUGGCCCAGCAACUCCAGAUUUCUAUGCUCUGGUGGCCCAGCGGCUGGAACAACUAGUCCAAGAGCAACUGAGAUCCCCACCUAGCCCAGAGUUACAGGGAGCCCCACCCACAGAGAAGGAAGCCCUACUGCGGAAGCUGGUGGCCUUGCUGGAGGAAGAGGCAGAAGUCAUCAAUCAGAAGCUGGCCUCGGACCCGGCCCUGCGUGGAAAGCUGGCUCGCCUCUCCGCGGGCUCCUUCGCCCGCCUAGUGGAGCUGUUCUCCAACCGGGAGGACAGCCCUCUUCCUAGCCACCCACGCCCCAACUUGCCCUGCCCUGGGCCUCCGCCGCCUUCCCCAGAGCCCCUGGCCCGUCUGGCCCUGGCCAUGGAGCUGAGCCGCCGCGUGGCCCGGCUUGGGGGCACCCUGGCCGGUCUCAGUGUGGAGCACGUGCACAGCUUCGGGCCCUGGAUCCAGGCACACGGGGGCUGGGAGGGCAUCCUUGCCAUUUCACCCGUGGACUUGAACUUACCCCUGGACUGAGAUCUUCCUCAGAAGCUGCUACAAGAUUAGACCUCCUGUCUUUAUGGUCUUUGUGUGCUUGUCCAAGUCUUCCUAUUCCACUCAGGGUUGUGGGGUGGUGGCUGCCCUCCCUGUUUUUGCCAAAAAGAAAUUAAGAUUUUUUUCAUAUUAAAAACUUUGUCAGGUA